UUAAAAUUUCGUAAGAUUUAUCAUCCACCGAUAACUCUCAUGACCUGUUUGAAUAGCUGCAACGCACUGAUAUUCAAAACAAUAUAUUGUCUCGACUUCGCGGGAUUUAAUUUCACUCUGUGCAGAGUCUUUAACCAUUUCUCAUAUAUUUUUUUUGUUAUUUUCAAAGUUAUCUUCCCGCGAAUCUGGGAGAAAGGGGACAGAUCUCUUUUUGAGCCCGUUGCUUAAUCGCAAUCGUGGGUCACCGACGUCACCUCGACUUUAUUUUCUACACUGAACAUGGAAAAUAGUCUGCCGAGUGAAGUAAUAAUACGGGCUUAUCGAGAUCCACACACUGACAGGAAUUAAUUGGUUGUUCUUGUUACGAAAACUUCUUAUCGAAACGUGCGAUGUUCAGUGAGGUCAGAACGCGCUCAUUUGAGGAGGCUGUAUAAAGGCGUGUGUCAAUUCUACCGAUUUCAAACCAUCAGGAAUAAUGUCAACGAUUUGUUAUUUGCCGGCGAGGAGACUACUAUCAAGAGUACGAAAAGAUGUGGCUUUUGACAAACGUUGGAAAACUCAGAAACCGAAGCCUAUAAUUGAUGAGGAACAUCCGAAGCUUGUCAAAGACCAAGAGACUAGGAAAGUCUGUCACGAACCUUCUACGGCUCCCAAGAAGAAACUGGAGCCCAUUCUCAAGACGGUAAAAGUGUAUCGAUGGAAUCCCGAGGCUCCAACCAUUAAACCAUACUUGCAACAAUACACAGUGGACCUGAACAAGUGUGGCUUAAUGGUGCUGGACGUGCUACAUCUGGUCAAGGCACAACACGACGCGUCUCUGUCAUUUCGCAGAUCCUGUCGCGAAGGAAUCUGUGGAAGUUGCGCAAUGAACAUAAACGGUGUCAACACAUUGGCCUGCAUCACGAAAGUUAUGAGAGACAAGAAGCCUUUGAUUAUUUAUCCGCUGCCACAUAUGUAUAUAAUUCGAGAUCUGGUUCCGGAUAUGGGACACUUCUUGGAGCAGUAUAAAAAAAUUGAUCCUUGGUUAAAACGCGUUGACGAAGAUGGCAUCAUAGGCCAAAGGCAGCUUUUACAGAGCGAAAGAGAUCGCAACAAAUUGGAUGGACUGUACGAGUGCAUUCUUUGUGGAUGUUGUUCGUUCGCUUGUCCACCGUAUUGGUGGACAGGUGACAAAUAUUUGGGACCCGCAGUUCUUAUGCAAGCAUACAGAUGGAUUAUAGAUUCCAGGGACACUGGAUCCAAGGAAAGGCUUGCCGCACUUCGUGAUUUUUACUCAGUGUUUCGAUGCCACACUAUUUUUAACUGUACAAAAACAUGUCCAAAGGGUUUAAAUCCAGGAAGAGCAAUUGCCGAAAUCAAACGAUUACUUGUGGGUCUGGCCAGCAAGAAAAAUCCUGACAUGGAAACUCCGAUUCCAGAUGCUUGCACGGGAGAAGAUGUAUUUCCAUGCAAACAAAAUUGAAAAUACGAUAAACGAAAUAGUUAUCGUCUUCUCCCCGGACAAAUUAAAAUAUUUAUUAUCAACGACUGCAUGGAAACGUAUAGCUAGAACAAGACUCAGAGAUAUUCUAUUCUACUCGAGCCCUCUUUAAAGAUGUCGUGACAUUGUUGAUCCUUCCA